UGCAGUGCUGCAGACACCCACCACCACGGAAGAAAGAGUGAAGAAGACACGGAGAGAGAGCGGUAAAUCCACCAUGAGAGGCAGAGGAAGCGCAAGCGCGCCUAACUACUACUGAAGAGAGAGAGAGAGAGAGCAGAGAUGGAGCUGUGGCGUCAGUGUGCAUUAUGGCUCAUUGAUUGUAGAGUUCUACCAGAGAACCACCGGGUCACCUGGGAUGGGGCACAGGUAUGUGAUCUGGCCCAGGCCCUCAGAGAUGGAGUUCUUCUGUGUCAGCUGCUCAACAAUCUUCUGCCCCAUGCGGUCAACCUGCGAGAGAUCAACCUGCGCCCACAGAUGUCCCAGUUCCUGUGUUUGAAGAACAUUCGAACGUUCCUGGGGGCUUGUCAGGAGAAGUUCCAUCUGAAGAAGAGUGAACUGUUUGAGGCCUUCGACCUGUUCGAUGUGCGCGACUUUGGAAAGGUCUUAAAUACGUUGUCCCUCUUGUCACAUUCAUCUAUUGCUAUACAGAAAGGAAUUCAGCCUUUUCCUCUGGGAGGCUGCACCGCUGACGAUGACAUCUACACUGGGCUGUCUGACAAGAUCGAUGACACAGUGGAGGAGGAUGACGACUUGUAUGACUGUGUGGAGGACGAGGAGACCGAGGGGGACGAGAUCUACGAGGACCUAAUGAGGACAGAGGAACCUACAGAGACUCAGAAGAUGGUUGUGGACAAGCGGGAGUGCUGCCUGAAGGAGAUCCGACAAACAGAGGAGAAGUACUCAGAAACACUGCAGUCCAUACUACAGCACUUUAUGAAGCCUCUGGUGCGGUUCCUCCAGCCACAGGACAUGGAGAGCAUCUUCAUCAACAUUCAGGAAUUAGCGGACACCCAUCGGAACCUGCUGGAGCAAAUCCAGACCUCCAUCUUAGAUUUUGGAGCCAAGACCCUGCACCAGGUGUUUCUGAACAACAAAGAGAGACUCUUGCUGUAUGGCCGUUACUGUAGCCAAGUGGAGGCUGCCACCAAACGCGUUGAUACACUUUCUAGUACAAGAGAGGACAUCAGGAUGAAGCUGGAGGAAUGUUCCAAACGAGCCAACAGCGGUCGCUUCUCCUUACGAGACUUACUCAUGGUGCCCAUGCAGAGGGUCCUCAAGUACCACCUGCUCCUACAGGAGCUCAUGAAGCACACCAGUGACCCCACAGAUAAAGACAACCUGCGCACGGCUUUGGACGCCAUGAGGGACCUGGCUCAGUGUGUGAAUGAAGUGAAAAGGGACAACGAGAUCAUCAAACAGAUUACAUCCUUCCAAUUGUCCAUAGAGAAUCUGACCGAGUCCUUAGCCCUGUACGGACGGCCCAAGAUUGACGGAGAGCUCAAGAUCUGCAGCCCUGAGAAGAAGUCCAAACAAGACAGGUAUGCGUUCCUAUUUGAUAAGGCCAUGUUUGUGUGUAAGAAGAAGAGUGGGGAGACGUUUGAGCUGAAGGACACCAUCGACCUACAGCGCUACCAAGUCCGAGACGAGACCACGGGAGAGAAGGACAACAAGAAGUGGUCAUAUCUGUUCUUGCUGCUGAGCUGCUACGGGAGAGGUGGCUAUGACCUGUUCUUCAAAACCAGAGAGCUCAAGAAGAAAUGGCUGGAGCAGUUUGAGAUGGCCAUCUCUAACAUGUGCCCAGAAAACGCCACAGCCAACAACCAUGACUUCCAGAUGCACUGCUUUGAGGAGACCACGUCCUGUCGAGCCUGCUCCAUGCUCCUCCGGGGAAUCUUCUUCCAGGGCUACCAGUGCACUCGCUGUAAAAUGGCAGCUCACAAAGAGUGUCUGGGAAGAGUACCCGUGUGUGGGAGAAAUUCAGAUCACUCUGGAACUGUGAGGAAGCCUAAAGUGCGGCCGUCAACAGUGCACUCCACAGGUUUUCCCAAGAUGGAGACAUCCCAGGACUACUUCGGCCUGCCACCUCCCCCUGUGGGCUUCGGUUCUCCCCUGCCUCUGUCCAGAGGAGACUUGGUGGAGCUGACCAAAGCAGAGGCCAGCAUGCAGUGGUGGGAGGGCAGAAAUCUGACGUCUGGGCUGAUUGGCUGGUUCCCCAACAGUAAAGUGCAACCGUACCGCUCGAGUCCAACGCCAGAUCUGUCCACUUUCAACUGGUUUGCAGGGAACAUGGACAGGGUUGCGGCUAAAAACCUGCUGCUGCCCCGCUCAGAUGGAACCUUCCUUGUUAGGCAGAAAGAUGGAGGAGAGUUUGCUAUCAGUAUCAAAUUCAACAUGGACAUCCGACACAUAAAGAUCACAUCAUCUGACGGCCUGUUCCGCAUCAACGACAAGAAGGCCUUCAAGGGGUUAACUGAGCUCAUUGACUACUACCAGCACAACUCGCUGAAGGAGUAUUUCAAAGAGGUGGACACCACACUGAGGACGCCAUUUAUGCAGCCGGAGCAGAGCUUCUCAGCCAGCCCGCCCAACGAUAUUCCAGGUGGCAACAUGAGGAACAUGGGCGUAGCCAGAGCCCGGUAUGACUACUCAGCCCGGGACCGCAAUGAGCUGAACCUGCGAGAAGGAGACACCAUCAAGAUUCUGUCUAAGAAGGGCCACAGCGGCUGGUGGAAGGGAGAGGUGUACGGGCGGAUUGGACUGUUCCCUGCCAACUAUGUGGAUGAAGACUAUUCAGACUACUGCUGAUGACACCAGCCUUUAUAGAUGCACUGCAUUAAAAUAUAUGAA